UCAAGGCGCCGGAACCCAACCCCUGAAGCCCGAAAUCAGCACUUGCAGCCGCCUAGCUUCCCCAAAAACCCAACCCAAUCCGCAGCCCAGAACCCCUCUUUCUCCUUCUCCUUCUCUUUCUCUCUUCUCUUUGGUAUGUUUCACUCUCCUCUGAAUUCAUCAAUUCAUUCCCUUUCAAUUCGAUUUUUCAGAUGAUUGAAAUAAUAAUUUGCAUUUAAUUUCAAACCAAAAAUUGAAUUGGAGACGAUGGGUGACGUUUUUCAGGGCCGGAGUAGACUAUUUCGUGGCUGGGGUGGAGUAUUUCGUGGCUGAGGAUUGAGUUUCAGCCUUUUAGGGGGCUGGUGUGGGGAUUUUGUGGCAGUGGGUGGAGUUUUCGUGGUGGGGGUUGGGUUUCGGGGGUGGUUAUUGGAUUUUCCGGCGUGGUUGGUGAGUUUCGUGGUGGCUUGGUUGUGGGGGUGGCGGUAAGGAGUGAGUGUUGGGUGGUGGUUGGACUAGUGGCUUGAGAAGGAGUAUAGUUAAAAUAAAUAAAUAAAUAAAAUAACCUGCUUAACAAGUUGUAGGUCAAUGGGAUCGUUAGUGGAAAAUGAGGCUUAAAAGUGGAAUUGUUUCUGGAAUUUCAAAAGGUGGGAUUGUUUAUGGAAGACCGACUAAAGGUGGGAUUAUUAGAUUACAAUUUUCCUUAAUUGAAUCCAUUCCCACACACUCUAAGAUCUACAAGUAUAUCCAAAACAAAAAGUUAUCCAAUUUUCUAAAAAAAAAUAAAAAAAAUGUCUCUCCUAGUCUCCUAUAAAUAUCAACAGUGUGCAUAAAUAGUAUUGUAAUGAACAUGUAAAGGCAAAGUCCAAAACCGCCUUCUUUAUUUCUCUGCAAAUCCCAGCAACCGCCUUCUUUCUCUUCUCUUUACUCACCGUUUCUUCAUAUCUUCCAAUUUUUCUCAAUAAUUAUCCAUUUUUCCUUAAUAAAGAAAAGUCCCUUUUCCCCUUCAUUCUCACUUCACUCCACUGAAUGAGUGACAAAAAAGAAAAAACAAAAUCACAAAAUUUUGCAAUUUAAGAAACUAACAAAGACUGUGUUAUUCGUUUCAUAUCGUUUUGACUCGUUAACUCGUUGAACUAAACUCUUUCUUCUCACUUCAAAAUUUCUUUUUGAUCUUGAAGUCCUCAACUUCUUUACCAAUUUCAAUUUUUGUACUUUAAAAAAAUUACGAAUUUGAUUAUAAAUGGUUUAAAAUUUCUGUAAUUGAUGUUCACUUUGGAUGAAAAUAUAAUUUCAUAAACAUAAUUAAAUUGUUACAAAUUAUCACUUUAACGUGAUUUCGUGUCUCUGUUUUUGUGGUAAAUUUUUCUAGUUAAAUACAAAGAUUUGGUAUUAAAGUAGUCAAAAAGUGAGUAAAUUUUCAGUGUAACUAUACGUUUUAUUGAAGUACAAAGUUGAAAAGAAGUAAGAAAUGGAUCAGAAGCAGAUACUAAUGUCAGCGGUAGGGGUAGGAAUCGGAGUGGGUGUCGGGCUCGGGCUGGCUUCCGGGCAGACGAUGAGCAAAUGGACGGGUAGUUCAUCGGGUUCGAAUACGAUUACUGCUGAGAAAAUGGAGCAAGAGUUGCUACGAAUGAUCAUUGAUGGAAGAGAUGCUAAGGUCACUUUUGAUGAAUUUCCUUACUAUCUUAGUGAGCAGACAAGGGUUCUGUUAACAAGUGCUGCUCAUUUCUAUUUGAGGAAAGGUGAUUUCUCAAAGUAUACUCGAAACUUGUCUCCUGCAAGCCGAGCUAUUUUACUCUCAGGACCUGCUGAACUUUACCAGCAAAUGCUUGCAAAGGCUCUAGCACAUUUCUUUGAGGCAAAGUUGUUGCUGUUGGAUGUCAAUGACUUUGUACUGAAGAUUCAAAGCAAAUAUGGUAUCAAUAAUGAUUCCUCCUUCAAAAGAUCCACCUCUGAGACUACUUUGGAGCGUCUUUCAGGUUUAUUUGGGUCAUUUUCUGUGCUGCCAGCAAAGGAUGAACCCAAAGCUGGUACCUUGCGUCGACAGGGAAGCGGAUUUGACAAUCUAAGGAAUAUAGAAGGCUCUUCUAGUUUUCCUAAGCUUCGUAGGAAUGCUUCUGCCUCUGCCAGUAUACAUGAUUUGCUUUUGCAAGCUGCUCCUAUGAAUACAGCUCCCCUCAAGCGAACAAGUAGCUGGUCCAUCGAUGAAAAGCUACUCAUUCAAUCACUUUACAAGGUUAUGGUCUCUGUAUCUAGAACUUAUCCAAUCAUUUUGUACCUAAGAGAUGUUGACAUGCUCUUGUUCAGAUCUCAGAAGCUAUACAGACUGUUCCAAAAAAUGUUACAGAAACUUUCAGGACCAGUACUCAUACUAGGUUCUCGAAUAACACAUAGUGACAGCAAUGAUGAUGACAUUGAUGAUAUGAUCAUUGAUGUUUUUCCGUAUAAUAUUGAUAUUAAGCCACCUGAAGAUGAAACACGUCUAGUUAGCUGGAAGUCUCAAUUGGAGGUGGACCUGAAGAUGAUUCAGAUUCAGGACAACAGAAACCACAUUAUUGAAGUGCUAGCUGCAAACGAUGUCGAAUGUGAUGAUCUUGGCUCUAUUAAUGUGGAAGAUACCUUUGUUCUCAGCAGAUAUAUUGAAGAAAUCGUUGUAUCAGCAAUUUCUUAUCAUUUGAUGAAUAAUAAGCAUGAAUAUAGGAAUGGGAAACUCCUGAUUUCAUUCCAGAGUUUAUCCCAUGGACUGAGCGUGUUUCAGGAACGUAAAUCAGAUGCCAAGGAUACAUUGAAGCCAGAACCACGUGCCAGACCUUCAAAGGGACCACGUGGAGAUGUUAAGCCAGAAACUAAAGCUGAAGGUGCAACUCCGAAAAACAAAGGUGGAGAAGAAGCAUCUGUGCCAAUUUCAAAGGAUACAACAGAUAAUGAGGCUGCAAGUCCAAAGGUUCCUGAAGUACCUCCUGACAAUGAGUUUGAGAGGAGGAUAAGGCCAGAGGUCAUUCCUGCAAGCGAGAUUUCUGUGUCAUUUGCUGAUAUUGGCGCCCUGGAUGAAACCAAGGAGUCACUGCAGGAACUAGUAAUGCUUCCACUUCGUAGACCAGACUUGUUCAAGGGAGGACUUCUGAAACCUUGUCGAGGAAUUUUGCUUUUUGGACCUCCUGGUACUGGCAAGACGAUGCUGGCCAAGGCCAUAGCCAAAGAGGCUGGAGCAAGCUUUAUUAAUGUAUCUAUGUCAACCAUCACAUCUAAAUGGUUUGGUGAAGACGAAAAGAAUGUUAGGGGACUGUUCAGCCUUGCAUCUAAAGUUUCCCCAACAAUUAUAUUUGUAGAUGAAGUUGACAGUAUGCUUGGACAAAGGACCAGGGUUGGUGAGCAUGAAGCUAUGAGAAAGAUUAAAAACGAGUUUAUGACACAUUGGGACGGGCUUACAACCAAACAAGGUGAGAGAAUCCUUGUUCUUGCUGCAACCAAUAGACCAUUUGACCUUGAUGAAGCAAUUAUACGACGUUUUGAACGGAGGAUAAUGGUGGGGCUUCCAUCAGCGGAGAAUAGAGAGAAUAUAUUGAGAACUCUUUUAUCGAAAGAGAAAGUUGAAGAAGGACUAGAUUUGAAGGAGAUUGGAAUAAUGACAGAAGGAUAUAGCGGUAGUGAUCUUAAGAAUCUCUGUACGACUGCUGCAUAUCGACCUGUUAGAGAGUUGAUACAGCAAGAGAGGUUGAAGGAUAUGGAGAAAAAACAAGAAUCAGAAGAAGGCCAAAAUUCAGAUGCACAAAAGAAGGAAGGUGUCAAGGACAGAGUAAUUUCUCUGAGGCCUUUAAAUCUGGAGGAUUUUAGGCAAGCUAAGAAUCAGGUUGCUGCUAGCUUUUCAUCCGGGGGAGCAAUAAUGAACGAACUGAAGCAGUGGAAUGAGCUUUACGGGGAAGGAGGCACGAGGAAAAAGGAGCAGCUUACAUACUUUUUGUGAAUGUGAACUUGGAAAAGUCGGCUCAUUACCUAGUUCCUUCUAUGGCAUAGAUGAUUACCUGAACGAGGAAAUUGUUUUGCGACUUGUGUUCUUGAAUGCAGCACUGCUGAGGAACACUGAAAAGACCAUGAUCUAUCUUAGGUCAGACAUAGUUUAGCUUUGCUUACCCUCAACUCCUCUUGUUUGAUGCCUAAGUAUGGGUGCAAUCUUCCUAGACCAGGCCACUCUUCAUGUUGUGCUGUUUUGUGUAAAGAGGUGUUUGAAUUGUGACUGGCCAAUGCUGUGUAAUAAUUGUAAGAAAUUAACUGUGAUUUUGUAAUCUACUUUAAUUUCUGGUA